CGAGGCGGGAGAGCCUUGGUGGCGGCAGAGGGAAUCGGAGCGAAAGCGACCAAACACUCGGACGUCGUCGACCCUUCCCUCUCCCCUCUGCGCUUCCUCCCUAAAGAUGGCGUGUCAGGCUCUGCAGAGCGGCGAGUCCCUGGCGACGCUGAAGAACGAGAGCGAUAGUCUGAAGAAGAAGCUCGAGGAGGAGCGCGCGAAGCUGCACGACGUGGAGUUGAACCAGGUGGCUGAGAAGGUGGAGCUGGUGUCCGCUCUGUCCAUCCGGACACGGCGGGUGCUGAAGGGUCACGGCAACAAGGUGCUGUGUAUGGACUGGUGCAAGGACAAGCGGCGCCUGGUCAGCUCCUCACAGGACGGAAAAGUGAUCGUGUGGGAUGGCUAUACUCUCAAUAAGGAGCAUGCAGUGACCAUGCCGUGUACGUGGGUGAUGGCGUGUGCGUACGCUCCCUCAGGCUGCGCUGUGGCAUGCGGCGGAUUGGAUAACAAGUGUUCCGUCUACCCGCUGUCAUUGGACAAGAACGAGAACCUGGCCGCCAAGAAGAAGUCUGUUGCGAUGCACACCAACUACCUGUCAGGGUGCAGCUUCACCAACUCCGACAUGCAGCUGCUGACGUCCAGCGGCGACGGCACCUGUGCCCUGUGGGACGUGGAGAGCGGCCAGCUGCUGCAGAGCUUCCACGGCCACACGGCGGACGUCCUCUCGCUGAACCUCGCCCCCUCCGAGACCGGCAACACCUUUGUCUCAGGGGGCUGCGACAAGAAGGCCAACGUGUGGGACAUGCGCUCCGGGCAAAACGUCCAGUCCUUCGAGACCCACGAUUCAGAUAUCAACUGUGUGAAGUACUACCCCACCGGAGAUGCCUUCGCCUCGGCCUCCGACGACGGCACUUGCCGUCUGUACGACCUGCGGGCGGACCGCGAGGUGGCCGUGUAUCAGAAGGACAGCAUCAUCUUCGGUGCUUCCAGUGUGGACUUCUCUCUCAGUGGCCGCUUGCUCUUCGCCGGCUACAACGACUACACCAUCAACGUGUGGGACGUCCUGAAGGGGAACCGUAUCUCCGUCCUGUUCGGCCACGAGAACCGCGUCAGCUGCGUCAAGGUGUCGCCGGACGGCACGUCCUUCGCCUCUGCGUCCUGGGACACCAGUCUGCGGAUCUGGGCCUAGAAUCGUGGCGUUUCCAUGGUGACCCACGGAACCCGGAUACACAGGGUACAUACAGUAGGCACCGCCUGGAGAGCCAGUGAAGGCCAACGUCAAAUGAUGAAUGCUGGUUCCCCAUCUCACACACACACACACACACACACACACACACACACACACACACACACACACACACACACACACACACACACACACACACACGGACAGAGUUGGACUCAAGUUGUAUCGGUAUAUUCUAACAAUGUAUGAUGAGCCCAAAAGUGUCCCAUGGUAGAUGGCGAGCAGGGUGUUAGGUUUGUAUUGCUACACAUCGCUUGACAACUUGACCACAGAUGUAUUGUAUUGUAUUAGAAACAAUGGUUAUAAUAUUGUAUAAAUAAAAGCCAACGUUAGACAAAUAAACCCUAAAUGACCUCUAGAAUGGACUCCCAAAAGCUUAUACUGCAUUAUCCCGUGACACAAUAGAACUACUAUGGACUCACUGAAUCCACGGUUUCUUAGUAUUUACCCCAGAAGGUAGGGGACUGUUCAGACCAACAGUGUUAAAACACAACCACCCCCCUGAUUAUGUCUUCCUACAACGUCGUCGUCCCCCCCCCCCCCCCCCCCCCCACUGGGACGGACCCCAGUGGAGACCUGCCUGUCUGCUCUUCUGUUGUCACAUGACUUUUACCUCAACUUGACUUGCCAAGCCAUUUCCUUGUAUAACAAUUAAAAAG